GCGGCGGUCGGCGUUCCUCGGCCGCCAUACGCUUUCAGUUAACGCCUGGUCGUCGCCAGGUAUGCCGGUUCCCUCGUGGCCCGCCGCCGUUACCCGCCGAUCGUUCUCGGAUCGCCGGCCUUUGUCUCCGCGUCGCGCGUGCCUCUGUGCGUCCGUCACGGUUCCUCGGUGAAAAUCGGUUCCGCGGGUUCAGUGGGUGAUUUGAACGCGUGGACCGGAGGAUACGUCGGCCGAACGGCCAGCCUGGGCGCCGGAACUUCGAUACAUGCGGUGCGUGGGUGUGGGAUUGUGGGAGUUCGUGCCGACUGGCCGACGAUUGCUUCUGUGAGAUCGCUAUCGAAGCGUGAGUGUCGACGCGAGUUACAGUUUUCCGGCUCGAUUCCCAAAACUUUCACGGUUAUUCACUCGAGCCCGAGCGACUACGAGACAGAUUGUCUUCUGGUAUAGAAAACGAGAGCCGUCGAAUAACAAGCGGAAGUCGAUCAUCCAGGUGAAUCGGAAGCUGUGAACCGAGGACGUUCUCACGGAUCGAGCAUUUCACUUCCAGCAAGACAAUAAUCUUCAGUGUGGAAGUAAUUUAGUAACUUCAAAGUGGAUUUGAGGAAGCAUCAUUAAGGACGGCGAUGCGUUAACAAGCCCAACAUCGCCCGGAAACUCACACAUAUCAACUCAUAUCAUAUACCGUCACAUCGAAGAAGUCGCGGGAGCCAUAGCUAUCCAGAGACAGAUAAUCAAUCAGAUAUCAAUCCACCACGGCACGAGUCUUAUCGCUGAAAGAACGAAGGUCGGAAAAUGAUUCAGUCGAAACUGUGUCGUAUCAAGUGUCGAUCACGCCAGAUCGGCGAGAAACUAUUAUAGCCUGACCAGCUAGAAGAGCAUCGACAUUCUUCGUCGCGACGAAAGGCAAGAAAUAUUCCAAACUCCCGGUGAAUUGAGAGUUGCCUGACUCAGUGUAUAAAAGAGGAGCUAAGGGCAAAGUGGCAAGAGGAUGUUGUUGAGGUAACACGAUUUAUCGAGCCGGCUGUGGAAACGAGAGUUAAUUGAACCCGUCCCCGAUACCGCGGAGGAUCGUAAGCCUGACGGGUCUAGCCGAGGAUUUCUGGCUGAACGAUAGGGGCCGGGCCCGGCUUGAUAGUCAAGAAUGGUGUUCCCAAGACGGAGAUCCCUGUGGCUGAAGGUGGCCAUUUUGGCGUCCGCGGUUUGGGCUACCGUCUGCUUCCUCCUCUACACGGAGGACCGCGCGAACGCAGCGGUGCAGGGCCUGGCGCCGUCCGGCGUCGCGGCGCCGCAGAUGGCGAACGGUUUUGUGCCGGCGGCCGCAGCCCUUCGAAAGGAGACGCCGCUUAACGAGAAGCCCAAACCGAAGGUCCUGCAAGCUGGUCCCGAGCAAGGUGGUGGUGUACUCGCAGCACCUCGCGAACAAGACCCGAGCGCGGCUGGUGAAAUGGGGCGACCAGUAAUUCUGCCAACAAACUUAACUGCCGAGACGAAGAAACUCGUCGACGACGGAUGGUUGAACAAUGCGUUCAAUCAGUACGUCAGCGACUUGAUUUCUGUCCAUCGAACGCUUCCUGACCCUCGUGAUCCAUGGUGCAAAGAACCAGGAAGAUAUUUAAAGGAUCUUCCACCCACAGCAGUAAUUAUAUGCUUCCACAACGAAGCGUGGUCAGUAUUAUUAAGGACAGUUCAUUCCGUGUUGGACAGAUCGCCGGAACAUUUAAUACAAGAAAUCAUCUUGGUAGAUGACUUCUCCGAUAUGCCCCAUCUCCAGCGCCAGCUCGAGGACUACAUGAUGAACUAUCCGAAGGUGCAGAUCAUUAGGGCGCAAAAACGCGAGGGUCUUAUUAGAGCGCGUUUACUCGGCGCGGCAGCCGCGAAGGCUCCCGUGCUCACAUAUUUGGACAGCCAUUGCGAGUGCACCGAGGGAUGGUUGGAACCACUCCUCGAUCGUAUUGCCAGAGACUCGACGACAGUCGUCUGUCCCGUGAUCGACGUUAUUGACGACACCACACUCGAAUAUCACUGGCGGGAUUCGGGUGGCGUGAACGUGGGCGGUUUCGAUUGGAAUCUCCAGUUCAAUUGGCACGCGGUACCAGAACGGGAGAAAAAGAGGCACAAGAAUCCCGCGGAGCCCGUUUGGUCGCCGACCAUGGCCGGUGGCCUCUUUUCGAUAGAUCGAGCUUUCUUUGACCGCCUCGGCACGUACGACAGCGGUUUCGACAUUUGGGGCGGCGAAAAUCUCGAGCUUUCGUUCAAGACCUGGAUGUGCGGAGGUACUCUGGAGAUCGUGCCGUGCUCGCACGUGGGCCACAUCUUCCGGAAACGUUCGCCGUACAAGUGGCGUAGCGGCGUGAACGUGCUCAAGAGGAACAGCAUAAGGCUGAGCGAAGUGUGGCUAGACGAGUACGCCAAGUACUACUACCAGAGGAUAGGUCACGACAAGAUCAGACACCUCGUUAGCAGCAUAUGUAUAGACUCGCCAGGGAAACCGGAAGACUUACACCAGCCAGUGGGUUUAUAUCCCUGUCACCGCCAGGGCGGCAAUCAGUACUGGAUGUUGAGCAAGACCGGUGAGAUCCGUCGAGACGAGUCGUGCUUGGAUUACAGCGGCACUGAUGUCAUCCUCUAUCCUUGUCACGGUAGCAAGGGGAAUCAACAAUGGAUAUAUAAUCCUCAGACGAAACAGAUCAGACACGGCAGCAGCGACAAGUGUCUAGCGAUCACGGAGAGCAAGCAGCGUCUAAUAAUGGAGGAGUGUUCGCCGACAGCUGCGAGGCAGAGGUGGUCCUUCGAGAACUAUGAUCCUUCGAAGCUGUGAUAUCGCGCCUUUUCACGUCGCCAGUCGAGGAACACCGGGCGGAAGUUCGAUCGGUCCGGCGCGUGGCUGUCCGAUCAGCGGUACUCCGUCGCGAAAACUCGUUUCGGUAGAUAGAUCCCGUGGUUUCGGGGCCGGGGUGCCUCGAUCCUUCGUCGAAUGGACGCUCGAGGUCGACUGCGAAGAGGAAAAUGGCGCGGAGGUUCCGCGCGAUCGAAGAAUUAAAGGAAAACUCGCGGACUAGGCUUCGAGCGAACGAGAAGAAGAAAAAAACGGUGGGGGCGGGAGGGGUGGGGGACAAACGAUCCAAUCGCCGAUCGUCGGAUGUAAUUCUACCUAUGGACGAAGUGCAAUAGAUAUAUCGACUUAAAAAGGAUAGAAGAGGAGGACUUUAUCUUCGACGAAAUUGUAACUGAUGUACAAUAAGUGGAUAGAGUUUGAGAGCGAUCGAGCUGGUCUGUGUUUGAGCAACGCUUUCGCUGGCAUUGAGGAUAUUGAAUAGGGAUUUAGUAUUAGCUUGUUGCAGAAUGGAUGAUUUUCUUGGAUCAAACGACGCAGACUCUUGGAUGAUGGGGAUUAAUGUUGAGUUUGAUCGGGUUCGCUACGAGAUCAGCGAUGUACGAUGGGUUAUUGUUUGAAGGCAGUCGAUGUUAAGAUACUCAAUGAAUUUUAUUUCCACUGUAUUGUGUAGUUUUAUCGUUUAUAGAGUCUGUUUAGAAUUGUAACUUCCAACUUGCUCAUACGAACCUAUGCAAACGCGUUUGAAGCAGUUUGAAUGGACGUAACGGGUUAUGGUAUGUUUAUUUAGAUUCGUGAGGAUUUUGAUGUAUCUUGGGAUGGAUAAACCUUGAAUUAUGGAUCCUUAGAUUUUGUAAGGAAAAUUCAUUUGUUUUGUUAUAUACAAUGGAAAGUGUAAUGUUGAAUUGAACUGGUUUUCUUGAACUGUUAUAGUUGAAUAAGUAACUAAGUUUUAAUAGAUUAUGAACCAUCCUGCAUUUAUGCUAUUAUUAAGAAGUUUACCGAAUAACAGACUCAACGCAUGGAUUUUCAAUAAAAAAAUGAGAAAUUUUAGAUACAAACGAGAAGGCUAAAACAAUUUGAAAUUCGUUCACUUUCAGUGUUGAUUCGUUGCAUAAGCUUUCAAAUAUUUUUAAUUCUGGAACGAAGCAAGUAAACAGUGGGUUAUAAACAAUUGAAUGCACGACUGAAUUAAAAAUACGAAUAUUUAACAUUUGUUGAUCAUUUUCAUCCAUAAAAGUGUUGUCAAAUGUACUUCACAUGCAACAAUCUAAUAUUACAUUGAAAUAAUUCCACGCGUGGAAUUAUUCCAUUAAUUUCAUUUGUUGUUAACAGAAAUUUAGGUUCGUUCAUUGGAUGUAUUAAUGUUCGUCGCGGUUUUCGUGGAAUCUGAAUAUGUUUCUUAGUACUAUUUUUAACGUUAAUAGUUGUAAAGUUGAAUUGUUACGUUUAACAAAUUUUGAUUGAUUAGACAUUAAUGGCUAUGAGGAGUUUAUUCGACUUUGUAAAGUACUUACAAAUGGAAACGAGGUUUCAACGGCUGAUUCUGUAGGUUAAGACAAUAAUUAGGUUGUCAAUACAUCAGUGACAGCGAAACGCGUGUCAGAAGAAUGUAUUGGUUAGAUCAUUCUUUCUUUUCGUUUUCUAUCGAAAUGAACGAACGAACGCGAUCGCAUUGAUCUCCGAGGGAGCCUCGAUCGUCGCUUUCGUUCGUUAAUCGACGUUUUAUGGAUCGAACGAUUUGCGUAAGCUGCUUAUGGCGAGUGCCAUCUCAGAGAAAACGAUGCGUUUCGAUUUUUAUCAUAAUACGACGAAUCGUUGACUGGCAACAGUGACAUAAUUGAAGCUCUAUAAAUUUAGGGAUCCGACUUUACAAAUUUUUAAUACGAAAUAAGAGAUUCGAAACCUUCUAAGUGUUUCUAAACUUAGUUUCUUUUAGGCGAGUUUUAAUCAUUUUAGAACUUAAGUCGAGGGAUUUAUCCUUCGUAGAAGUGAAUGUUGAUUGGAAUAGACCAAUUGUUAAAUUUCAUUGUAAUUCCUCGAAGCGAUAUUAUUUGAAUUAUUCUCGUGUUAGUUCGCAGUAAUAGUCUUUAGUCUUUCAACUUUCAGCUUCGAAACUUGUCGCUUCUUUCUACAUAUCAAACGAAUUCGAAGACUAUGGGAAUUUCAAUCUUCCAUAUCUAAUAAAUUAGUUUUUAUCCAACACAAGAUUUCAAGAUAUAUAUUCAACGUUAAUCUUCGAUCUUGACACAUUUCUCUACAUAUCACUCUAAAUUUAAGAACUUUAGUGCAUAGAAUUUCAAAAUUCUAUUUUAUACAUUGUAUAUUGCUAUUGAACGUUAAUAUUCCAAAUUUACUGCAUUUUUCUACGUUCUAAUUAAAUUUCAAGAUUGUCACGAUCCGAAAGGGAAACGUUAUUCUUCCAACCUUAAAAGUCACUUCUUUAUUCGAACGUUUUACCCUUUUACCGACACAAUUGACGAAAUUCAAGCUUUCAAUUGAAUUAGAGUAGACUUUGAAUUGAAUAUUGUAAUAAUUGGUGGAAUAAUUUAGAAAUAUCAGAAAUUACGUUCACGAAAAUGCUGAUAGAUUUAAAGUAGACCAGCCAAUCGAUGAUUCGUCGACGUGUCCCUCGUUUCUCUGUCAUAUUAUCAGCGCUUACGGUUGCAUCACACAUUCCAGUAUGGAUGAAAGCGACGUUGCCGACGAUUCCGAGUUGGUGUGCGACGAGUGGAGAGCUCUUCUUUUUUUUUUCUAAAUAAUUUAGAUCACACGUAGCGCGUAGGGGACGGAGAGCGUGUGAGUGAAACGGUAUACAUUCCGGUACGGUGUAGGACGACAUUUUGUACAUUCGUGUAAAGUAUCUCGAUGCCAGUUUAGAUACCGCCUAACGUAAAUUUCCGAGUGUAUAAUUCCGAGUGUAUGUGCGAGAAUAAAUAAUUUGCAGAGUGCGUAGUCUUGUAUCACGAGUCCAUUGUGGAUUCGUGCAACCCUUUGGUGUCCAGCAUUAUUCUUGGAGAUACGAAUUGGUCAGUUGUUUUUCUAAUGGAAAAUUAUUCAAAGUGAAACAAUUUUUGUGAGUAUAAUUGUUGAAGGAAUAAUAAGGUCAAGGGGUUAAUGAAGAAGGAAAAUAAGAUUAUGUCAGUGAAAUAGAAAUGGAUAGUUGUUAUGUGUAUCUUUAGAGUGUUGUGAUUAUAUGAUGGAUGUUUGUAUAAGUUUAAUAAUCCAUUAAUCUAUUAAGUGAAAUUUUAAUAAUUUAAUCAUUGGUGGAAAUGGAAUUUAAAUGGUAUCUCGAUAUUCUUUACAAUUUCAAUUAAAUAGUGACACAGAUUAAAUAUGCAUUAGAUGCAGUUGAAAUUGUAAUUUCAAUUAAAUUGUAUGUUUUCAAAAACUAAUUGUAAAAUGGGGAAAAGUUAGUUUUUAUUUUUGGCUUAUUCUUUUAUGUGAAUAGUGAAGCCAUUUAUGGGACACCCUAUGUUUCUAGAUGUUUGUGAUAGUAGUUUUAUAAAUAUCAGACUUGGGAUAGGAAUUCUAUGAAUAGAACAAAAUCAAUGGGCCAUUUAAGGUUAUUGUCCCCAUCAGAUAGUUGAACUACUCUACAAUUGAUGCCCUAUUCUUCACGUGAGAAUUUUUAUAUCAUUCACAAAGCAGGUUGUUUGGUACAGUACAGAAAUAGAACGUUUCUAUAACAGCAUUAGAAAAGCUCUAUAAGAAUAUAGUUCCAUUUCAAUCUCUCUUCUAUUCCCCUACUUCUUAGACAGCAAAUCUUAUUUUAAAUUUAAGGAUUGUUAAAAAUUAUAUUUUACUGGAAACAUCAACAGUUUUCUCAUUAAAGAAAUAAAUGUCCCUUUGCCUAUAUUAAAAUAACAAUUUAAAAUACAUCCAUGGUGCAAUAAUAUCAUUACUAAAAAUCAUUAUAGUUCCCAUUUUAUUCAGUUUUGUAAAUAUAAAUAUAAAAUCAUUGCAAAACAAUUCUUAGUUACAUCGAAGAACUUUUUAUAUUCGAAAAUAAAACGUGUAUAUCCGACAAAAAAAUUUACAUAUCGAACAUUCAAAAAAUGGUUGAAUUUCUCCUGAUUCCAUAAUACAGAGUUCCAUGAAAUGGCUCCCCUCUAUGAAAGGACACUGAAGGGUUGAUUACCGAGAUUCCAUUGACGUAGUCUGCAGACGUCAGUGCGUGCCAACGAAAUCACGAAUGCCGCUGCCAGCGCGUGGAACAUUGCGUAAUAUUCCAACGUGUCUCGAUUCAUUCGCGAAUCAUUUAUCCUGCGAUCCGCACGCUGAUUUUCCGCAGCAUUUCACAUAUCCAAAAAAAAGAGGGGAAAAAAUGGUAUUGUAUUAGAGAUUCGUAGAAUGUGACGAGCGUACUUGGAGACACCGUUUUUUAGUUCGAUUCGAAAAUAUUCAUCGAGACAAUAUUGUACCAGCGUAUUUUUUGACAGAUUGAUUGUUCUCGACGAGUGCCAAUUAAUGGCACAACUUACGGUCGACCGAAUUCAGGAUUUCGCGAGCAGUUCUGCUGCAACGAUGCGAAACCGAGGGGCGUAAGCGUGCGGAAAAACCGUAUUGUGAAGAAUGAAACGCGACAAAUGUCGUGGCGAAGAUUUCUGUAGCAUUGAAACAAAUGUACAUUGCUGUUCGAGGUCAUUCCCUCAAAUUUAUUCAUUUUAAAAUGGAUUGUUAUAUGUUUCUUUUGGGUCAGUAAGGUUUGAGAGAGUGUUGAAUAGUUUCUUUUGGUAGAGAUGAUUGAGACUGAUUGAAUAAAUCGAACAGUUGAUUUUGCAAUUUAUAUUUUAGAAGAUAUUUAUAUGUCAAGAUGGUAAUAUUUAAAUUUGGUAAUCAUUAGUUUAAAAUCAUGAUACACAAAUAUUUCCAUUUCGAUUCGUGAAUAUUGUCUGAAGUAUGAAUUGUAUAAUAAAUUUGUUCCAUGUGUUGUAAUGGCUUAUUUGAUAUUACUGUCAUUAAUUACUUUAGAAUUAAUAGUUCUUAUUAAAAAUCACCUUUUUCGAAAAUUAUUCCUCAACUGAGGUAACAAAAUUUAAUUAUUCUGAAGCAUUAGAUACAACAAAAUAUUCUUGAAUCAAAAUUGUGAAAAAAUGUAACUAAUCUCAAGUCCUACGCUUCAAAAAUUGUAUAACUUCGAAUAUAGAAAUUAAUUAUCCUCCAUAUAAGUUACACGAAGAAUAUUUCUAAACAAAAAAAGGAAUAAAAAUAUUGACAUUCUCAAGCGACCAACAAGCAAUUUAGAAAAUGGGAAUCGCUUAUUGAAUCAAUUACAAAAAAGGGUUAAAUAUUGUGAUGGGAACGGUGACCUUGAACAGCCAAUUAACUUCGUCGCGACAUCGAUGUUCAUCGUUCUAGACAUUUAAUCAAAAUCUUUCGCGUUUCCUGGCACGCGUUCAGCAAGAACAAGGCCGUGGAUAUUUCUCCCUUGGAAAACAAGGGGAAAUACGACACGGGCGACCAAUGAUGGCCGCGAUUUCAUCACGAUUAAUUAAGAAUGGGAGAAAACUUAGAUUUUAAGGUGGUGUAAGAUUCUUUUCUUCGAAGUACCGAUGAACGGACGAAUGGAAUUCAACGAGAACGUUUAUACAGAUAAAAAAUAUAUAUGUAUAUAUAUACAUAUAUAUAAAUAUAUUAUAUAUAUUAUAUAUAUAUAAGACAUUUUCUACAUUUGGUAAGGAUGUUGCAUAUCGCGAGAAACGGAGAUACAAUGAUGAUGAUAAGAGAUAUAACAGACAGCCGAGCGACGCUGGUCGCACGUUAAUUAAUGUAAUAUCGAACGUGCCUUAUUUCCUGUAUAUAUGAAUAUUAUUAUCACUAUUAUCAUUACUACGAACCUCUAUCGUAACGUGCAAGUAUUUGUGUUGAAAUAAAUCGAUGUUGUUUUAUGUUACUCAUGGAGAUCAAUCUGUUAUUCACACUAUACAAUUCUUCCAUUUCCUGGAUGAACGGAAGCUAAUGAAUUUG